AUGACGAACGUGCACAAGCCCCAAGCGAAUAGCGCCCGGUGUCCCAUAUCGCACAAGACCCAGGAUCCGGAGGACCUAGAACGCGACUUCACCACCCCCGGUGUAGAAGGGAGAUUAGGGUGUCCAUUUGCGAAGAUGUCCGAUGGUCUUUCACCUGCUCCAGGCCAACAGGACCCCAUAGCCGCUGAAUUCCAUCAAGAUAAAGUCUCUACUGGAUCGCCCAAUACUGAACAGCGCCCCGGUCCGUGUCCCAUCCGGUUUCUAGAUCAACACUCCCCCGAGGAAGUUGCCCAGUAUUUCGAGAACCAUAAGCAUGAAAUCCCCCGGAGUCAUGAGAUUUGCGUCAGACGAUAUCAGCAAAAUGGAGAGAGUGCCCGAAAGCUUGACGCCAAGUACGGCAGUCUGGUCAACAUGAUACAAGGACUCGGAGUCAAGCACAAGGCUUACUUGCCGGAAAGAGACAGGACCGAAGAGCAAGACAAAAGUUCAACCCAUGCCGUUGAAAAGUGGGCGGAAAACGUGAGCAGUGAUCAAACACCUGCGGUCGAAGAGCCCACUACUACCACAGACGAUGAGCCAAGAUUGUCACGUUUCGAGCAACCUUUCGAGCAACCGUUGCGAGAAAUCCGUGUCGGUGAAUCGCCUUCUCGGCCUUGGGGAAUAUCUGUCCCAGCGGGUAAUCAGCCUUCUCCUAGUGUUUUACAGUCGGAGGACGGAAUUCCUAAUAUGAAGGCGCGACCGGAAAGCCCACAAGGGGAGGGGAACAGAAGGGAGCGAAAAUGCCCCUUCGACCACACCCAGGCAAAAGCGUCUGCGCCGACACCCCAGCCUCCGGACCGUGGCGAGUCCAAAGACAUCCGGAGGGAGCCGACGCAGAUCAUUUUCAACGGGCCAGUUUUCUUUGGGUACACGGCUGAACAGGUGACUGCUUUGCUUCAGAACACCACCCUCGGAGGGGGUCUACCAGCUGCGCAGUCCUGA